AUGUUUGCUAAUAAUAUUAGAUACAACAAACAGCUAUCUGAUAUUGACAUACAUGAAAUUUAUGAAAUUCUGAAGCAGAAUGAACAAGAUGUUUUAGAGAUCCGCAAAUCAAAGAAGAAGGAAAAAGAAAUAUCUGAUCCUUUAGCUCUUGUUAHUGAGAAGAAGGAAAAGAAGUAUAAAGGCAAAUCUGGGAAAAAGAUUGUAGAAGUUAGUUCAUCAAGUGACACUGAGGAAGAAGAUAGUGAYAGCUCAGAUUCUGAUUCUGAAGUAAAACAAGCUAUGGCCAUGCUGACCAAAGCUUUCAAGAAGUACAAGUUUGUCAAACGGCCACACUCAAACAAUCAACGAUUCUCAUCCGGAUCAAAGUAUGAUUAUAAAGACAAAUUCGGAGAGAAGAAGAAAUACGAAGAGAGAAGGUUUGAGAAGAAACACGAGUGA